AUAGAACUGUUUCAAACACAUUGAUUGUCACUCAAGAAAGAGCUUAUUUUGGAUUCAUGCAAUUGCCGGAACCGUUCAGAGAGCGUUACUACAUUCCGCUUACUUACGUCCAUCGGUCCGCUCCAUCAACCCCGGCAAAACUGUUUCUGGAACCAGAGAACAACGAAACAUUAAUCAAUGUCGAAGGUGCAGCUGAUGAGGAUUGGUACCUAGCCAACUACUUACAGACGGGAUAUUAUUAUGUGAAUUACGACAGUGAAAACUGGCAACGAAUUCUUGACCAGGCAAAGAUAGACCCCCUUGUCUUCUCUUUUCAAAAUCGCCGAGGUUUGCUCUCCCAGACCUGGGAUCUUAGUGUUAAAGACAUUGUUCCUCGUGAGAUAUAUAUGAAGCUGAAACAGUACUUCUGGAAUUCAACAAAAGAAGCUGUGUUAACGUUUGAUCUGUAUAACCUUAACCUAAUAGCAGAAGGAGGGCGGGCUUCAAGACCAUUUCUUCAGAAAACCAUUCUGGAGAAGGUCAAUCACGUUUAUAAGGAAACAGGUUGGAGUGAGACAACUCUAAUUGAUCCUACAGUCACCCCAAGAAGCCACGCAGUGAUGGAAGAAUUUGAUAUAACGUCACUUGCAUGUUUGUAUGGCAAUGCUGACUGUGUCUCGCGGGCAAAUGGACUCUUUCAAGAAAUGAUUACCGACCCGAUUACUGCUUCCAGGUGGAAACCAGCCCUUCGAUCCUUGGUGUUGUGUAAUGGAGUUCGCCAUGGUGGUCAGGUAGAAUGGGAUCUUGUAUGGAAGUUGAUGCAAGAUGCCACAGACUACAUGGAGAAAACGCGCUUUGGUGUAUCACUGACAUGUUCGACCAAUAUCACUGCACUCAAUGACUUUAUUGUGAGCCUUCUAGAUUCAUCAAAUGAACUGGAUGUGAUCAUUAUCAUAAAGUCACUGUCAGCCAAUCCGAUUGGACGAGACCUUGCAUGGCGUUACGUACAGACACACUGGGAUUGGUUAAACGCCAGUGCACACGAUCCCCUUGCCAUGACCGACCUCAUUGAAGCAAUUACAUCAUUCUUCCACACUAGAAGUAAACUUCAAGAGUUAAUCGACUUUUCCGCUGCUCGUGAUCUUGGUCGGCUGCGGCAUAGAUACGACUUCGGUUCGGCUGAAUUUAAUAUUAGACGAAACAUUCAAUGGAUCGAUCACUUUUCCUAUCAAGAAGAACGCUUCAUAAAAAUAAAGGAUUACUGAGCACUGGCUGAACUUGUGUAGCUUACGGGAAUAAAAGUGAGCUUUCGAUUUGGGACGGGAGGAAAAAGGGGACGGUAAGGGAACGGAAAGAACAAUCUGCGCGUGCGCGAAACUAAACAAGUCUCCGUCCUGCAGAGUUUGAGAACAGUCUUGGGUGAAAAUAGCGUCCGUUCUGUAAGCAUGACCAAGUGGUUUCAUUUUGUACACGUUUUUAGGCACUGCACUGAAUCGUGAUCAUUUGGCGGUGACACCGUUCUAGCUAGAAAUCGAAACAGCUUUACAGUAGGAUGGGCGUGAGCGCCUGGACCGCCGCGUUUGGUUACUUUCCGUCCUGUACGCCCAACCGUCCCGAAUCGAAAGCUCCUCAAACUUGCUAUUAAUUUUGGAUUUUUAGGACGCUGUGGCAGCAGACUUACCACGUAUACUCAAUGCACGCACGCUCAGCACUACGUAAAUUAUGGAACUUAACUUUGUAAGUCUGCUGCCACCUAGCGAUCAAAAGUCUCACAUCAUAACGAUUUAUAAUGGAUGUGACAUAAACAAACACUUCCAUCUGGCCGUAAAAAACACCUGUAAAUGUUGUAAUUGUUUUUAAACAAAGGCUUUGGGUUACUAAUUUCUGGGACAGUAUGAGCUUAUAUUUCUUACCGAAGGUGAACGGUUACUUUGAAAAAAUUGUACUCAACGGAAACCGCUGAAAUGUACCAUUAAUUUUAGGAACAAAAACAUGGUUGGCCUACCUCAACCAUUGCUGUAUAGCUCACAGUUUUCAGUCAUUAUUACAUGUGAGUAUUUAGUAUUUUACACUUUAUAUAAGCAAUUUUCUAUGUAGGCUUAAAUUUGUAUAGAUUAUUGUAUACAAACUACAUGCAGCGUUCAAUAAACAUCAGUCAAAAUAUAGUUGAAAAUGCGCUAAAGGGCGCCACCUUCAGUUCCAUGUUAUCAUUGAAACGUCCUGGUUGUACCAUCGGUACUUUCCCGUCAGAAUAUUUUGGAAUACUUCCUUUUUCUAGAGUCGCCUUUCUCUG